ACGGGGAAGUAACCUUCCAAUAUUAAUGUCAUUAAGAGAUGCAAUUGUGCAUAUUUCCACUGGAAGUAAAUGAAUCAGUUUGAUAGAGGGCCAAACACGUAGCUCUCUCAUACGUUAAUUCAUUUAAAACAGGUUAAGAAGACUUUUGCUGAUUGUCCCUAUGUACAGAAAUGCAUCAUACUUGCACAGUGGUUCCAUUGUUGCUCUUCCUGUUAACAUUUUGGACAGCACAAGCUCAGGUGGAGUGGAUAGUAGAGAAUGGAGGAGUUGCAGCUUAUGGACAAAUGUUGACACUUCUUUGUAAAGUGACUAACUGUUGUAUUCAAGAUUCUGGAUGGGUACAAUGGAAUUAUGAUAGUAUAGACUUUAGAACCCUUAUAAUAGAUGUUACAGAUUUCCGGAAUGAGAAAUACUCAGGAAAGAAGAGACACGAUGGCUUCACCCUGGUCAUUUCAGAUCUUAACGAGACGGACCUGAAUCGAAACUAUUCAUGUACAUAUGGAGCUGAGGUUGGUGCAAUGAAACUAUUGCUUAAAGAAGAAGCUUUCAACCGCACUAAUAGUUCAGAUGAAGCCAAGGAAGGACUAAGUACAGGAGCAAUUGUCGGAAUAAGUCUAGCUGUAUUUGUAAUCAUGGUAAUAGCAACAAUAAUUGGAUGGGUCUUAUUGAGACACAGGAAUAUAUAUAAGCAAGCUUCCACAGAAGAAGUGAAAUUAACAGAAACUCCAAAAAGAGAUGAAAAAAUAGACUGGGCAACAGCUAGCGAUAUGGCAGCAUUGGUUGUCAAGGAAAUUGUUCCUGGUGCGAGCGUUACUAAGUGUAAAAAAUGGGCUGCUAGGUAUAGCGUAAUGUGCACAAUCGUAAUAGAAAACUGGACUAAAUACAUACUAGUAGAUCCUGAUUCACGCAUCAAUGGAGGGGAGAUACCGAGCCCACCAACAGUGGUGGGGCCUGGAAAAAAAGAAAUGUUCAUUACACACAAGAAAUGUACCGCAACAGGUACAUAUGGAACUGCUUCAUGGUUGAUUUCAUCUACUGAUCAAAGAGCAGUCAUCAUGUGGAGUUGCCCUUAUAAUUUUAAUCAUCAUAAGAAUCGUCUGGCCGUAGGACUGACUGAGAAAGGUACUACAAAACACAAAAAUUGGUUCGAUCAAAUGUACAAGAAGGAAAGCGGUUCCAAUUUGCAUUUUGUUAGGGAAGAAUAUGACAAUCAUACAAAAACCAUUUCCAACAAAGGUAACAACUUCGAAAUCACUGGUACCAUGGGAACAACUCACGUGACUGAGGCACACAUCAUAGUACGCCCACUAACGAAAAAUGGACUUGCAGACAAUUUAAAGAAAUGUGUAGAAAAAUCAAGCUCAGAUGUUGCUGAUUGACUUUAAAGCUUUUUUUCUGCGCUGGUGUUUUGUUGUUGCAUGAUUAGAGCGAAUUUUACAGCUAUGCCUUUUUUUAUACAAUUUCAUACUUUAUAUGAUGAACUAUUAUUAGAAGUGCUGACAUUCACAGACAUCAAUUCUAUUUUACGCAUAUUGAAAUAUCUCA